UAGUGUGUGCGUGUAACCGGCAAAAAUUCCAUGUGUUCAACACUCAAAUGGCCAUCACCAUAGACCAUCUUGUCUAUCUCCCACUCUCUCGCGAACUCGCUGGGCUGUAGGCUACUAGACUUGGAUGGCAGUUUGAGUUGGGGCGUUGAAGUGGUCAGAUCUUGAAUGUGCGUCAGCCUGAAGGCAAAUGUCUAGGUAGUGAAGGAAAUCAAGUUCGUUAUCGAAAGAAAAGAGAAAACUCCCGACUGAUCAAUCGAUCAGUAGUUCUUGGCUUUUCUUCAGGCAGUGAAAAGGUGGGUCCUGAAUUGAGCAGUGAUUACACAGACCGGCGUGACAUUUUUCUCGUUCGAGCUCCCAUCAAUAUCUUGGGCGGAGAGUGGUAUUGUAUAGCUUUUGUUAUCCAUGCGAAAGUGGGUCCGUAAAUGACAGCAAGAUGAACAACAAUGCCCACCAGCGUCACAAAAUGAAAAAUCUCAACAACAAUCAACAUGGCUAUCAUAAUGAGGAUCCCAAUAGGCACAUCAGCCAUAGCCCGCAAAAAGAGUUUGUGUACUGGCACGCCCCUCGAUCUUCUUUUCCGGUUCCACCUCCUCCUACCUCGUCAUCUUAUGUCUCCGCCCCCUCCGGAGCUUUAGCGAUGCCAAGCCGAAACUCCAAUUCCAAUCGGUUGAAGGAUGAGGGGAUUUUGGUGGAGCAGCUUCCCAGUCCGAUAGCCUCGUCCGUGCCCAUCCGAAAGUCCACCAUCCGUCCGAAAAUGGGCUUGGGUAGCCGAAGUGGGUUCAUCGUUUCCACCCCAAAAGAGGCGGCGGCGGACUUUUCACAGAGAGGCUCCUCACCCAGAAAAGUUGGACAUGCUCAUCUUGGUGAAGACUUGAAAAAUGUGGUGAGGUUGCCUGAGGAAGAGGCCAAGAAUAAAACGAAGACGACGAAGAAAACGACGCUCCCUGAAGAGGAGGAAGAUGAUGAGCCCAUUUAUUGCGAAAUCACCCGAGGCGACAACAGUCCCCCAGCCAAGACACCCCCAUCUAUCAUUAAACACCAUCGACAACAACAACAACAACAGCAACCGCCAGUUCAAAGACGAAAUCAUCCGACCACGAAAAGAACUGCUUACAAAAGCAACAAACAUAUCGAAGAUGAAACUAGCCCAACCAAACCAAAGAAAGUGUGGUCCUCUAUGAAUGCGAAGCCAAGGGAUCCCGAAAAGAGACUAGCUCGAGAUUUCUCGCAACUGCAGUUAAUCCCACCCGCCUCGCGUGGUCUUCCAUUAUCCGAGGAGUUCCGACCUGAACGUGCCAAUAAUAGACAACGCCGUAUCAGUUGUGAUUUGUCAAGCCAGGUGUCCAACUUUGGUGGUCUGCCCUCCAUGGCGCCCAAUCUACCGGGGCCCACUGCUUUUUAUCAGGUCGCACCUGGUGGGAGGUCUGUUUUGGGCCUUGGGCGAAGAGCCGUAACUCAAGUGGACAUUCCGGUCUCCACCCGAAAUCAUCUUCCUCCUCCUCCACAUUUGGUCAGACACCAACGACCCGGGGCCCUUGGUCCCCCCGCCUUUGAGCCGGCUCAUUUGAUGCAUGGCCAUCCCACGAGCUCGAUCUCGAUGACAUCUCCGACGGCCCACGGAGUUGGUGGUCCAUUGUAUACCGUGAGGAAACAUCAGCAAAUCCGAAGCAGCAGCACAGCAGCUGUAGCCGUGAAACGUUCCCGACAAUUGCCCUCUGGCCAUCAUGGGUCUUCGUCGUCGUCCUCGUCGGUGCCAAUGGGCGGCUGUGGUGCUUUUAGUGACUCGGAAUAUUCACGGAGACCCAUGCCUUCGUCCCCAGCGAUGGGAUCACGGAAACCUCUGCUACUUCAUCAGAAGGCUCUCCAUGGAGGCGAGUGUCCAAGUGAAUCUGGGUUCAACUCUGGAUUGGAUGAGACGAACUCAACCACGACCACAACCACCACCGCCACGGAUAGUGGGACGAGGGGAUCCACGAAUAUGGCCAUAACUUACGCCACGGCUUUGAGAAAGGGUUUGUUAUGGCAACAACGUGACAAAAUCUUCUCGCGAUGGAAGGAGCGGUUCUUUAUCUUGACCCCGGAUUAUCUUCAGUGCUUCAAAAAGGGCUCCUCAAGGAUGACCGAAAUGGGAGGAUUCAUCUUCAAACUUAAAUUGGCGGAGAUUGAGGAGGUGGAAUUGGUCGACAAAAAAGGCUAUUUGACGGUUGCUCUCUCCUUUCACAAAGAGGGACGGAUGCUUUUGAGGAAGCCCGAAGGUAUCCGAGAAUGGUUCCAAUCAAUCAAGAAUUGUGUCGAUGUGUGCCGUGAAAAGCGGGGCAUGAUGAAGACUGCCAAAGAGUUUUGGUCCAAGAAACAAUUCACCGAUUCUUCUUCCAUGGAGCAAUACAUUUUGGCCAGAAAACGAAUAGAGCUAAAAUUUGCUUACGGUGAGGCUGAAUCUUGCACCUCUGGCUCCAAGCUUUCUAACAUAAACGACCAAUCCUAUCAACUUCGGGACCUGGCUCGAUCCCACUUGAAUGUGGCUCAAAGGAACGUGCCCAUUUCAGCGACAUCCAAUUUGACGACAACAACUACUGGAUCCAACACCACGGGCCUCGCUACGAACACAAGCACUACCACCACCACCACAAAUUAUGGCUUCAUUGAUUUACCUAGUUCUCAUCCUAAUUGGACAGAUUGUUGCCCAUCUCCCGAUCUCCCGCCCUCGUCUCAUCUUGUGGACGAAUUAGAAUCUAGGUAUUCAGUUUCACCCACCUCGUCUUCCACGGGAUUCAGGCUCAAGCAAAUAGCUCGUGACACGUCAAGCACAUUCAGCCAUGAUUCUGGAGUGGAUUCCAUGAACACAAUCUCCUCUGGAAGCGCCUUGUCCAACCAGGUCCCAUCAUACUCUUCUUCUGCCAACAAACCAUCUAACUUGAAUUCAAGUGCAGAAACAUGUUCUUCGCCCAAGAAUAUUCGGACGCCGAGAAAAUCCCGGAUUCCUCGCCAUAAGCCUGUAAAGGGAGCCAGACCAAACCGAGAGGAAAUGUUGCGAAACAUUUCGUUGGUGUAAACCAAUCACAAGAAAAACAUAUUGGUGACAGAACUGUGUCAUAAUUAUUGUCUAAAAUUGAGGUUGCCUUGGGGGAAAUGUCACUCAAAUUUGAAUGCUUAUAAAAUUCAGGAAAACCCUGGAACGCGAUCCAUUUGGUCUAAGAAUGAGAAGUGUCAAGAAACACCGAAAAUAAAUAC